UUAAACGGAACGCGCACACCGGAAGUGACUUGUGGAGUGGACGCCGCUCGCCUGUUAGCUAGCAGCAGCAUGACAGUAAUCAUGUUGUUUUUGGCAGGAAGAGCGGAGCUCCGCUCCUGGACCUGCUGGGUUCUCCUUCUGCUGGUCUGCUCCGCUUCAUCCAAGCCUGACAGUCUGAAGGAGGUGACGGACGGAGACUGGGAGAAGAUAAUGACAGGAGAAUGGAUGAUUGAGUUCUACGCGCCCUGGUGUCCCGCAUGCCAGCAGCUGCAGACGGUGUGGAGAGAGUUUGCAGACUGGGGGGAUGACAUGGGCAUCAAUGUAGCCAAAGUGGAUGUGACAGAGCAGCCUGGUAGGCAUCCCAAAGCUCAUCAACCCUGAACACUAUUUUAUUACAGUGGCUUAACAAAGGAUUCAUACAUCUUGAACCGUUUUC